AUGGGCAUCCGGAAGCGUUUGGAGCUCCGCUCCGAGAGCGCCGACCUCGGCACGGAGGGGGGCCGGCUUUCCAACAAAGACAUGGACCCGAUCCCGAUGGGUUCCCCGGAGCGCACUUGGGGAUGGCCCAGCUUGCUCGGGUUCUGGAUUGCCGAAGCAUUUUCCAUAUCGAUGUACCAAGUCUCAUCCACAUCGGUCACGAAGGGUCUCAAUCCAGGCCUCGCUAUCCUCGCAGUCUUCAUUGGCCACGUUCUCGUCUGCAUCCCAGCAAUGCUUGAUGGCUACGUCGGCUGCUUCUUCGGAAUCAACUUCCCCGUCUACACACGAGCUUCUUUCGGUUUACGAGGCGCCCAUGCCGCUGUCUUCGUCCGAGGUGUCGUCGCUGCCAUCUGGUUCGGCACGCAGUCUUUCCAGGGUGGACAAUGCAUCCAAGUCAUGAUUGCCGCCAUCUGGCCUUCUUUCGACAAUUUCCCAAACCAUUUGCCCGAGAGCGCCCACGUCACCAGCGCCGAGCUCUUGUGCUUCUUUCUUUUUAUCAUCGUCCAGCUGCCACUGCUAUGGCUGCAUGUGAGCAGCUUGAGGUACAUGUUCAUGGCCAAGACGGUAAUCAUGCCGAUCUUUGGCUUGACACUGUUUAUCUGGGCCCUUGUUGCUGCAAAAGGAUUUGGUCCGACAUUCUCAAAAGCAACAGUAAUCAAAGAUGGCACCCCCGCAGUCGUAGUGUUCUUCCAAUGCGUCACAAGCGCGAUCGGUCCUAAAGCUACGCUCGCGUUGAACAUGCCCGACUUCACACGCUACGCAAAGGAACCUCGACAGGUAUUCUGGACCCAAGCAGUUGGUCUGAUUGUGCUCGUCACGAUGUGCGGCGUUCUGGGCGCUACAGUGAGCAGCGCAUCUGAAGUCAUCUAUGGCGAAGUGACUUGGAACCCGUUGGAGGUUGCCAGGCUCUGGAACAACAGAGCCGCGCAGUUCUUCGCGGGGUUAUGCUGGGCGUUUGCCGUGGUCGGCACAAACAUCAGUGCGAAUAGUGUGUCUUUCAGCAACGAUCUAUCGUUCUGGUUCCCGAAAUACAUCAACAACAGACGCGGGGCCUACGUCUGCGCCAUCCUCGGCAUAUGCGCCGUGCCGUGGAACAUCCAGUACAGUGCCAAAUCGUUCUCUUCCUUCCUGGGUGGUUACUCCCUUUUCCUUGGCGCCAUCGCGGGAGUGAUCAUCACCGACUUCUGGAUCUGCCGUGGGCGUCAGAUGAAAGUCUCCUCACUCUACGACCCGCGCGGAACCCACUAUUAUACGAUGGGAGUCAACCCCAGAGCAAUAAUCGCAUUCAUCCUCGCCAUAGUACCCAACAUGCCGGGCCUUGCGGCUGCCUGUGGUGCGAAAGGAGUUCCCAAAGGCGCAGUCUACCUGUACAGUUUGAGUUGGCUGGUCAGCACGCUGGUAGCAAGCUUUACGUACUGGCUGCUGUGGAAGAUUCGACCUUUCGAGGUGGAUGAGAUUGGAGAUGAUCUGUCUAUUGAAGGCCAUUCUCCAAAGGAAGAGUCAAUGGAGCCAGAGAAGGGCCCAGAGGCGAAAAAGUACAAUGUUUGA